AUGGAGAUGCUAAAAAUGAAAAAGUGGAACGUUAUAGAUGAAUACUUGAAAGAUUUUCCCAGUUUUUUUAAAUUAAUUGACGAGAAUGGCGAUGGAUUUAUCGACGUAAAGGAGCUGAGGAGCGCGCUGGAUAUUUGCGGGUUCAAGAUGCCGGGGUACAAAGUGAGGCAGAUGAUAGAGGAGUACGAUGACAAGCAGCAGUUCCAGCACAAAGGCCGGCUUUCCUUCGACGAGUUCGAGAAGCUCUGCAAGGAACUCAAGGCCAACGAGCUCGGCUCUACCUUCAAGCAAGUGGUCUCCAAAAAGGAGAAUCUGGAGACGCUCGGCGGUAUUUCCGAGGCAUCCAGCGAGGGUACCACUCACUCAGUUAGGCUUGAGGAACAAUUAGCCUUCAGCGACUGGAUUAAUACCAACCUGGGAAGCGAUCCAGAUCUCAAACACUUGUUGCCGAUCGAUCCAGAGGGACGGCUUCUCUAUGACAAAGUCAAGGAUGGAAUUUUGCUCUGUAAAAUAAUAAAUCACUCGUGUCCGGAUACCAUCGACGAGCGAACGAUAAACAAAGAGAAAUUAACACUGUACAAAAAGCACGAGAACUUGACUUUGGCGUUGUCAUCAGCUCAGUCAAUAGGUUGUAACAUAGUAAACAUUGACGCGCAUGAUUUGACAGCCGGAAGAAAUCACCUGGUGCUGGGACUGCUCUGGCAAAUAAUCCGCAUCGGUUUGUUCAAUCAAAUAACCCUUGAAAAUUGCCCUGGACUGGCGACGCUGCUCCAGCACGGCGAGAAAAUAGAGGAUCUCUUGAAAUUGUCGCCCGAGGCAAUCCUACUGCGCUGGGUUAACCAUCACCUGGAGAACGCCGGGGUGGCUCGUCGUUGCAACAACUUCCAAUCAGACAUCACCGACUCUGAGGUCUACACUUAUUUGAUAAAGCAAAUUGCACCGAGCGGGACCGGAGUUACUCUCGAAGCGCUAAUGGAGCCUAAUCACGUUACAAGAGCCGAGAUAAUGCUCCAGCAAGCCGCCAAGCUCGGCUGCAGAAGCUUCGUCACUCCCAACGACGUCGUCAACGGCAUUUACAAAUUAAAUUUGGCGUUUGUCGCUAACAUGUUCAACAAUUAUCCGGGUCUCGACAAGCCCGCGGAGAAUAUUGAGGACCUAGGUUCUCUGGAGGAGACCCGCGAGGAAAAGACAUACAGAAACUGGAUGAAUUCAAUGGGAGUCUCGCCUCACGUUAAUUGGCUCUACUCUGAUCUCGCAGACGGGCUCGUUAUCUUCCAGCUCUAUGAUAUUAUCAAACCCGGUACUGUUAAUUGGCCGAAGGUUCACACUAAAUUCAGCAAGCUCAGAAAGUUUAUGGAGAAACUGGAAAAUUGCAACUACGCCGUGGACUUGGGAAAGAAAAUGAACUUUUCUUUGGUAGGAAUCGCUGGUCAGGAUAUCAAUGACGGUAACGCUACGCUUACUCUUGCUUUGAUUUGGCAGCUGAUGAGAAGCUACACUCUCUCUGUUUUGUCGGGUCUUGUUGGAAAUUCUGGAAAAACUGUCGAGAAAGAAAUCGUACAGUGGGUUAAUUCCAAACUUCAGGCUGCGGGUAAAACCAGCAGCAUCAAGAGUUUCCAGGAUGACGUUAUCUCUACUGGAAGACCUGUUCUCGAUCUUAUUGACGCCAUCAAGCCUGGUAUUGUCAACUAUGACUUGGUAAAAACCAGCGAAACUGAAGAGGAUAAUUUGGACAAUGCCAAGUAUGCUAUUUCAUUAGCAAGAAAAUGCGGAGCGAGGGUUUAUGCUUUGCCGGAAGAUAUAACAGAAGUUAAACAGAAAAUGGUGAUGACAGUAUUUGUUUGUUUAAUGGCCACUGAUUACGUUCCAAACAUGGAUUCCAAGCAAAAUAACGUCACGCAAAAUAACGUUAAUAAUGUAAACAACGUUAACAAUACCAAUAACGUCAAUAAUGUCAAUGGACAAUCAUAG